AUGAUGGGCACCAGUGGAGGCUCAAGAUCAAAGUUCACAGAAGAAGAGGACCGGCGACUAAGCAAGAUUAUUAGCCAACUCGGAACCAGGGAUUGGGAAGCAAUUUCAAUCACGAUGAAAACAAGGUCAUCAAGACAAUGCAGAGAUAGAUGGGUCAACUAUAUAUGCCCAUCCUUAACGAAUGAACCUUAUAGCCCAGAGGAAGAUAGUCGUCUCCUUGAUAUGUACUCUAAAUUUGGGCCAAGAUGGAGUAAAAUUUCCACCCAUUUUCGUGGUAGAUCUCCAAAUGGGUUAAGAGCCCAUUUUAAAGAGCUUAUGCAACAAAAGGAAAAAACAUCUUUAGAAGAGAAAACAAACGAAGUAGAACCUAAAUUAAAGGUACCGGAUCCUAGCACAAUUGAGGAAUUGUUUCUGUUGGAGAACGAUGAAUUAUUUAAUAUAGAUUCUCAUUGUUAG